AUGAAGUUUCUUUCUCUUUUCAAAAACACAGAUGGAAAAAAUUCUUCUUCAUUGUCAUGGGCUUGGCCAUCUUGUAAUAACCAACCUAAAACCCUUUCUUUCAGAGCCAACAAAAACGACGUCGUAUCCAACAACGUUCUAGAAACCUCCAAAUCCCAAUCAACCGAAUUUGCUUUCGAGGAUUCAAUCGAAACAGUUAUUCGUGGUUUUCGUUCAGAUAGACUUUUCUUCGAACCAAACGAAACAAGCUCAAUUCUAAACACCAAACCAAAUAAUUCAACCGGUGAAAGUGAAAUAGUUACCGCUAGUAACAGUAACAUUUACAGUAACACUAACGGUUACGGUAAUGGCUUGUUAUUAGCAUACGAAAAUACCUUGGCGGUUACGACGAAAUCACGAAACCCAUACGAAGAUUUCAAAAAAUCGAUGGCAGAAAUGGUAGAAGCUCACGGCGUUAACGAUUGGGAAACUUUGGGAGAGCUUUUGAGUUGGUAUUUGAAAAUUAAUGAGAAAAGCAAUUACGACAUUAUUAUUGAUGCUUUUAUUGAUUUAGUUGUUGGUGCUUCUCCACCGUGUUCUGAAUCUCACCAUGCUUCACUGGAUUCUUCUCCUUUAUCGAUUCAUUCAUGGACCACACCUUGUGUUUCGUCUUAUAGUUCACCUUUGUGA